CGUCGGGGAGUCGCUGGACAGUCUCCUUGGCAUGCUUCAUAACUUAUCUAAUACUAUGACUGACCUUGGUGGGACCAGCGGCGCAUUAUCGCAUUAUCGCAUUGUCGCACUUUCGCACUUUCGCACUUUCACGCUGUGGGUUGAGUGAGUCGACUCGGUGGAGCCCCUGUAUUGUUGAAUCUUCUAGCACCAACCUGCUUCCGCCAGUUAGAUCGUCGUGCCACAGAUUGGUUUCGACGUGAACUGCAAAUGUAGCAAAGAUGCGUCACGCCUUCGAUCCAGGCCCUCGGCGCGUUCGCACACUUCGCACAUACCGGCCGCUCACGAUGUUGGCUCAGACGACGACAUCCAAAUUAGGCAGGUCGGCGAAGAAAUCGUCUCUGGAGUCUUGAGGGAAUGUCAGUCCCUCGGGAGACAUAUAUAGAGAGGAUGCGAGGCCCUCAUCUCUCUUGCAGCAUCUGCGUAUUGCUAGCUCGCUGCUGUACAGCUCUCCUCGUCUUAAACCGUGGGAUUCAGGAAGCAGCAUCCUGGGUUAUUGCCGGCUGUUCCGUUGGGGAUCAGUAUUUCUCUUUUGUCCUUUCUUUUCUCUUCUCUUCGUUGUUCCAGUUCCGGGGGCAUUGGACAUCAACCGUCCAGAGCUCCCUUGCCUGGGCGGAUCAUUCACAUCAUCAGAAUGCGCCCUCCAACAGUACCCGGGCAGGAAUUGCUGCACAGUGUUCCCCGGCCACCGGAAAGCCAUCCCCACUUGGAGAGCACCGACGACGAAUCUGAAUCAGCGGAACAAGUAGAUGAUCAGAUCAAUGACCUUGCCCGGCGUGUCACAUCAAUCUCGGUCGCACGCGGCGGCCACAUCUUCCCUAAGCCAACGGACGACGCGCUUGACCCUAACAGCCCAGACUUCGAUAGUAAGAAGUGGGUGACGGCCUUCUAUAAUAACCAAACCGAAGCCUUGAAUGGGACCCCACCCAACUCAGCAGGCCUGGCCUUCAAAAACCUCAACGUCUUUGGUCAAAAGGCCGAAGCAGAGCACCAGAGAACUGUUGAAGACUUCAUACAUGGCCCCUUACAGGCUGUUCGCCGUCUUUUUGGAUCUAGAAAGCAGCAGCGGAUCGAUAUAUUACGGGGUCUAGAAGGCGUCAUGGAAAGCGGCGAGAUGCUCUGCGUUCUGGGUCCUCCCGGAUCUGGGUGUUCCACCUUUCUGAAAACGAUUGCGGGCGAAACGUAUGGCUUCGAGGUUGCUGACGGCAGCACACUCAACUAUCAAGGCCUCGGGAAGGCGGACAUCGAAAAAGCCUUUAAGGGAGAGGCUAUCUAUACCGCGGAGGUGGACUACCAUUUCCCCAAACUCACUGUUGGUGAGACUCUCUACUUCGCUGCUCGAGCUCGCUGCCCGCAAAGGUUGGCACACUGUAAACAUGAAUACGCAGAGCAUCUGCGUGAUGUGGUCAUGGCAAUGCUGGGCAUUUCACACACCAAGAAUACUCGUGUGGGUGACGACUUCAUCCGAGGCGUCAGUGGUGGCGAGCGUAAGCGUGUGAGCAUUGCGGAAGCUAUUCUCAGCUACUCACCAUGGCAAUGUUGGGAUAAUAGUACUCGCGGUCUGGAUUCGGCCAACGCGGUCUCGUUCUGUCGCACCCUCCGGCUUCAGUCGGAGACCUUCGGCAGCAGUGUAUGCGUAGCCAUUUACCAAGCUCCUCAGGAAGCAUAUAAUAUCUUUGACAAAGUCAUUGUCCUUUAUGAAGGGCGACAGAUCUUUUUCGGCAGGACCUCGGAGGCCAAGGCAUAUUUUGAGGGCUUAGGAUUUGAGUGCCCAGCGCAGCAGACCACGCCGGAUUUCUUGACUUCGAUGACAAGCCCGUCUGAGAGGAUUGUUAAACCUGGCUGGGAAGAACAGACACCGCGCAGUCCAGACGAAUUCGCCCGUGCUUGGCGUGAAAGCCAACACCGUCAGUCCCUGGUAAAUGAAAUUGAAGCAUUCGAGACACGCUUUCCCGUCGGCGGGAGUCAAUUUGAACAGUUUCGUGUCGCCAGAACCGCGCAGAAAUCCAGGUCACUUCGCGCCGCCUCUCCAUUCACGCUUUCUCUGGCCAACCAGUUCCUCUUGAAUCUCUGGAGGAGCUACAGGCUCUUGAUCGCUGAUCCUUGGUUUUGGGUUACUUUACUGUUCGCAAAUUUCUUCGAGUCCAUUGUCGUUGCCAGUAUCUUUUACAAUAUGCCACCAGAUAGCUCCAGUAUAUUUCGUCGAAACCUUCUGAUCUUCUAUGCCCUCAUGAUCAAUGUCUGGACUGCCGCCCUAGAGAUCCUCACCCUCUACUCCAAGAGAAAGAUCGUCGAAAAGCACGUACGGUACGCACUUUACCAUCCAAGUAUGGAAGCGUUGGCAUCGAUUGCGAUGGAUAUUCCGUUUAAGCUCGUCAAUGCGGUUUGUAUCAACGUUACUCUUUAUUUCAUGUGCAAUCUUCGGCGAGAGCCUGGGCCCUUCUUCUUCUUCUACCUGCUUGCUUUCACUAUCACAAUCACGAUGUCAAUGUUCUUCCGGUUCCUUGCUUCCGUUACAAAAACCAUCUCUCAGGCUCUCGCACCAUGUGCUAUCGUCAUCCUGGGUCUCAUGUUGUAUGGCGGCUUCAUCAUUCCCCAAGCCUAUUUGGCUGAUUGGAUUGGCUGGCUGCGGUGGAUCAACCCUUUGUUUUACGUUCAGGAGAGUCUUUCCCUGAGCGAGUUUGUUGGGCGAAAAUUCUCCUGUGUAGAAUUUGUGCCCAGCGGCCCCAGCUACCCAACAGAGUCGAUUCCGCCUUUGGGUCAGGUAUGUUCUGUUGAGGGAUCUAUUGCCGGCGAGCGUUUUGUGGAUGGUAGCGUACAUUUGCGCGUGAUGUACGGAUUUAUCGACAGUCAUCGUUGGCGAAACUUCGGCAUUCUUAUCGGUAUUACUGUCUUUUUCCUUGUGAUUCACUUGAUAGCGGUAGAACUGAUCUCAUCGGAGCGCUCAAAGGGUGAGAUUCUCGUCUACCCCCGCCAAGUGCUUCAAAGGCGUGGCACUGGUGGCCACGAUGAGGAGAAGAUGUGUUCUACAUCAGAGGUCCGGUCCCAGGAGCGAUACAUCCAGACGGAUGAAGUUAAGGGCAUCGAGAAACAAACAUGUAUAUUCCACUGGCAAGAUGUUUGUUACACUAUCAAGAUCAAGAAUGAGACCCGGGCAAUUCUUGACCAUGUGGAUGGUUGGGUGAAACCAGGCACAUUAACGGCAUUGAUGGGGGUUUCGGGGGCUGGAAAAACCACACUUUUGGAUGUAUUGGCCAACCGUGUGACAAUGGGCGUCAUUUCAGGCCGAAUGCUAGUUGACGGCCAUCCUCGAGACUCUUCUUUCCAACGGAAGACCGGGUACGUUACCCAGCAAGAUCUAAACCUUCACACGUCAACAGUACGGGAAGCUUUACAAUUUAGCGCGCUGCUGCGGCAGCCAGCUCGGUACAGCCGCCAAGAAAAGCUCGACUAUGUGAACGAGGUGAUCAGCUUGGUUGACCUCGAGGACUGCGCAGAUGCUGUGGUCGGAUGUACAGGUGAGGGUCUGAAUGUUGAGCAGAGGAAACGCUUGACUAUAGGUGUUGAGUUGGCAGCGCGUCCACAGCUAUUGCUGUUCCUGGAUGAACCGACUUCCGGUCUCGAUAGCCAGACAUCAUGGGCCAUCUGUGACCUGAUGGAGAAGUUGACGAGGAGUGGCCAAGCGAUUCUGUGUACGAUCCAUCAGCCAUCAGCGGCACUAUUCCAACGCUUCGAUCGCUUGCUACUCCUGGCUAAGGGCGGUCACACGGUGUACUUUGGUGAGGUGGGCAAGGAAUCAUCGACACUCAUUGACUACUUCGCCCGUAACGGAGCUCCGCAAUUCAGUCCCGGAACCAACCCAGCGGAAUACAUGCUGGAGGUUGUGGGAGCCACUUCAAAACACGGGAGCAACAUUGACUGGCCAGCUGUUUGGCGCGCAAGUCCUGAAUAUCAGGAUGUACGUCGCGAGCUUGAGCGGCUGACUUCUCAGGGCCAGGGCAGAUCUGCGGAUCCCGAUCCUGCAGCCUUAGCAGAAUUUGCUGCCAGCUUUCCUACCCAGCUGGCUGAGGUUACGAAGCGUGUCUUCCAGCAAUAUUGGAGAACCCCAAGCUAUAUAUUCUCCAAGAUUAUUCUGAGCGCUGGCUCGGCGUUAUUCAUCGGACUGUCACAGGUCAAUGGGGAGGUUUCGCAACGCGGUCUCUUCAACCAAAUGCUAGCGACAUAUAUCUUUCUUUUCAUUUUCAGUCAAGUGGUCGAACAGAUCCUGCCUAUGUUCGUUUCUCAGCGCACCCUUUAUGAAGCCCGGGAGAGACCUGCCAAAGCUUACUCCUGGGUUGUCUUUCUUACUGGCAAUAUCAUCGUUGAGCUGGCGUGGAACUCGCUUAUGGCUAUUUUCUCCUUCCUGUUUUGGUACUUUCCGAUGGGUCUCUAUCGCAAUGCAGAGUGGACGGAUGCUGUCCAUUCGCGUGGUAUCGCCACUUGUCUACACCUCUGGAUCUUCUUCGCUUUCACCAGCACAUUCGCGAACAUGCUCAUUGCUGGCAUUGAGACGGAGCAAGUCGCCGGUGGAUUCCUCAAUUUCUUCUUCAACAUCAUGUUUGCCUUUGCAGGUAUUCUUGCUGGGCCUGGUGAGCUUCCAGGGUUCUGGAUAUUCAUGUACCGUGUCAACCCCUUCACCUAUGUGAUGGAAAGCUUUCUCGGCACAGCUCUUGCCGACGCGCCCGUUACUUGCACGGUCAGCGAACUCGUCCACUUCGAGGCCCCCAACGGAAUGUCUUGUGGAGAGUACGUCGCACCAUACAUCGCAGCGAAGGGAGGGUAUCUGCUCGACAACAGCACCAGCAGCUGCAGCUUUUGUGGCAUGGCCAACAGCAACUCCUUUUUAGCUGAGAUGAACUUAAGCUUCGACAAUAGGUGGCGGGAUUUUGGAUUCAUGUGGGCAUUCUGUGUGUUUAAUAUCGCUGCUGCAGUUGGUCUGUACUGGCUUAUGCGUGUGCCCAAGAGGAAGGCUGGGGAGUGAAAAGCAUCUUGAUGAGCUUGCACCCCCCGUGCCAAUAU